GUGCUGGCCAAAGCCCUCUAUGACAACGUGGCCGAGUCCCCAGACGAACUCUCCUUCCGCAAGGGCGACAUCAUGACGGUGCUGGAGCGGGACACUCAGGGCCUGGAUGGCUGGUGGCUCUGCUCGCUGCAUGGGCGCCAAGGCAUUGUGCCUGGGAACCGCCUCAAGAUCCUGGUGGGCAUGCAUGACAAGAAGCCAGCAGGGCCUGGUCCCAGCCUGCCGACUGCUCAGACCCAGCCUGGCCUCCACAGUCCUGCGGUGCCACCGGCCUCCCAGUACACACCCAUGCUCCCUGCUGCAUACCAGCCCCCUCCCGACAACGUCUACCUGGUGCCCACCCCAGGCAAGGCUCAGCACAGCCUCUACCAAGCCCCUGGGCCCAGCCCACAGUUCCAGUCACCCCCGGCCAAGCAGACCUCCACAUUCUCUAAGCAAACUCCCCAUCACCCGUUUCCCAGCCCAGCCCAAGACCUCUACCAAGUGCCCCCGGGGCCUGGCAGCUCUGGCCAGGACAUUUACCAGGUGCCCCCUUCAGCUGCAAUGGGGCAUGACAUCUACCAGGUCCCUCCAUCCAUGGACACACGGAACUGGGAGGGAACAAAGCCACCAGCCAAGGUGGUGGUGCCCACCCGUGUCGGGCAGAACUAUGUGUAUGAGGCCUCCCAGCCAGAGCAGGACGAAUAUGACAUCCCGCGCCACCUGCUGGCUCCUGGGCCCCAGGACAUCUACGACGUGCCUCCUGUGCGGGGGCUGCUGCCCAACCAGUAUGGCCAGGAGGUAUAUGACACGCCCCCAAUGGCCGUCAAGGGCCCCAAUGGCCGGGACCUGUCACUGGAUGUGUAUGAUGUGCCCCCCAGUGUGGAGAAGGGCCUGUUACCACCCAGCCACCAUAUGGUGUACGAUGUGCUUCCAUCGGUGAGCAAGGACGUGCCCGAUGGCACACUGCUGCGUGAGGAGACAUACGAUGUGCCCCCAGCCUUCGCCAAGGCCAAGCCCUUUGACCCAGCCCGCCACCCGCUGGUUCUUGCUGCACCCCCUCCCGAUUCGCCACCAACGGAUGACGUGUACGACGUGCCCCCGCCUGCUCCUGACCUCUACGACGUGCCCCCUGGCCUUCGGCGACCUGGCCCCAGCACCCUCUACGACACGCCCCGUGAGCGGGUGCUUCUGUCUGAAGCAGCUGACGGCACCACGGACGACGGCGUGUAUGCGGUGCCACCCCCGGCCGAGCGCGAGGCCCCAGCUGACGCCAAGCGCCUGUCAGCCUCAAGCACUGGCAGUGCACGCAGCAGCCAGUCGGUGUCCUCCCUGGAGGUGGUGGUGCCGGGCCGAGAGCCGCUGGAGCUGGAGGUCGCCGUGGAGGCUCUGGCCCGGCUGCAGCAGGGUGUGAGCACCACCGUAGCCUACCUCCUGGACUUGGUGGGGGGCGGAGGCUGGCGCAGCACCUCCGAGCCUCAGGACCCCCCGGUGCAGGACCUGCGGGCUGCCGUGGCUGCUGUCCAGGGGGCUGUGCACGAACUGCUAGAGUUUGCCCGCAGUGCCAUUGGCAACGCUGCCCACACUUCUGACCGUACCCUGCAUGCCAAGCUCAGUCGGCAACUACAGAAGAUGGAAGAUGUGCACCAGACGCUGGUAGCACAUGGCCAGGCCCUUGACGGUAGCCGGGGAGGCCAGGGGGCCACUCCCGAGGACUUGGACCGCCUGGUGGCCUGCUCACGGGCCGUGCCCGAGGACACCAAGCAGUUGGCCUCUUUCUUGCAUGGCAAUGCCUCACUGCUCUUCAGAAGGACCAGGGCGCCUGCUGUGGGGCCCGAGGGGGGUGGCCCCUUGCACCCAAACCAUGUUGACAAGGCCUGUAGCAUCCAGUCGCGGCCUCUGCCCUCACCCCCAAAGUUUACCUCCCAGGACUCGCCAGAUGGGCAGUAUGAGAACAGCGAGGGGGGCUGGAUGGAGGAUUACGACUAUGUCCACCUGCAGGGGAAGGAAGAGUUUGAGAAGACGCAGAAGGAGCUGCUGGAGAAGGAUAGCAUCAUGCGGCAGGGGAAGGGCCAGCUGGAGCUGCAGCAGCUGAAACAGUUUGAGCGACUGGAACAAGAGGUGUCACGGCCCAUCGACCAUGACCUGGCCAACUGGACCCCACCCCAGCCCCUGAUCCCAGGGCGGCCGGGUGGCCUGGGUCCUUCGGACCGACAGCUGCUGCUCUUCUACCUGGAGCAAUGUGAGGCGAACCUGACCACACUGACCAACGCAGUGGAUGCCUUUUUCACCGCCGUGUCCACCAACCAGCCACCUAAGAUCUUCGUGGCACAUAGCAAGUUCGUCAUCCUCAGUGCCCACAAGCUGGUGUUUAUCGGGGACACGCUGUCGCGGCAGGCCAAAGCAGCUGAUGUGCGCAGCCAGGUGACUCACUACAGCAACCUCCUGUGUGACCUCCUGCGUGGCAUUGUGGCCACCACCAAGGCCGCCGCCCUGCAGUACCCGUCCCCAACUGCCGCUCAGGACAUGGUGGACAGAGUCAAGGAGCUGGGCCACAGCACCCAGCAGUUCCGCCGGGUCCUGGGCCAGCUGGCUGCUGCCUGA